GACCACUAGAGAUGAUGGCCAAAUCUUAAGCUAUAGCUGUCCCUCUAAAAGUGGUUUUAGGUGCCUACGGUAUUGCUACCCCUCCAUUCCAUUUCGCUGCCAUCGAAGCCAUUCAUUGGGGUGAACUGGAUAUCCAGUCAAUAUAAAUACCCACGUGCAAGGCCCCUUUCAUAGCAACCCGCAGCUUCUCCUCUGUCUACCAUCGACAACCAGAUCAUAUCUCAUAAGAAACCAACCACAAGAAAGAUGAACCUCAUCCAGAAGCUUGCAUUAGUCGCGUGUCUAGCCCUCACGGGCGAGGCAAGACCCAACCCGUCUCCUUCCUCACUCUCCGGGCGCGAGGCAGCUAUCAUCGUCGAACCCACCAUGUACCAGAUAUUCCCGAUAUCACCAACUCAAUUCGCACCACCAGUGACUCAGUUAGAAGUAUUGCGAGCCGGCGGCGUCUCCGUGCUAGAGAACAUCGUCAUCUUUGAAGGAAUUCCAUCCGACGCGCAAACCUGCAUUCUUCGCUGGGAGCAGGCCGCCAAGCCCGAGCGGACAGAGUUUGUCGUGGCAAGAAACGGAUUACUCGCUGCACAGCAGCUUUCAGGCCUUCCCGAGGGUGAUAUUACCUGGGCCAACAUGCUGCCAAUAGUAGAAGAAGCAAUCGAGCAACGCAGACCGCUUCUUCAUCCCGAGACAACGGGCUGGGUCGCGAUUGAGACACAGCAAGUUCACAUCGCGGGCUAUGUAGAUUGUGCCGAGACGAUGAUAUUCAAGAUCCAGGCAGAUGAUCGGGAUACUGACGGUAUUGUGUAUCUGGAGCAGGAUGCACACAAUGGUCUUACACUGGAGAUUCAUUAAACUGGGCCAUGCGGCGAUUACCGCAGAAAACGGCCUCGUCUGUUAAUUGAAAGUGUUACUUAACACCUCUUAUGAGACAUGAUAUCAUAGUGUUAUAAUGAAGUCAGUCGUUCAUGGUACAUGGGACAUUAUAUUUCGGCAGUGUAACACCAUUAGAGGGCAGUAUCAGAUACAAGAUAAACCCUAUGCGCCAAGCGCUGUCUAGGGACAGCGGCUCUUAACGUCGACAAGUCUGCGAUAUAUCUAGAAAUAUACUAUUAUAAUGGGCAUAGAUACUAUGCAUAGCAUGAUAACCUAAGAAUUAAUUAA